AUGUAUCGCGAAUUGACGAUUUCCAGCGAUGUUCCAGCUCCCAAGCUGACUAAAGCCCUCAAGACAGGUAAGCUAAGUCUUACAGCUGAUCAACUCAAGGGUUCAGGCUCUGUUAUCCAUCUCCACCCAGCUUCGUAUGAGAAAGCACUAAAGGCACGCAAGGCGGGUCUCAAAUCAGGGUUAUCGACAGCAUUCAAAUUCGUAAAAGAUAGUGAUUUGCUGAGCAAGGGUCUGGAUGCGGCAGAAUCCCCCGCAAGGGCGGCUAUUAAGUCAUUGAAAGGAGUUGGAGUAUAUGACUCUGACAGCGAUACCCCUGAGAAAGAAGGUGGUCGUAUUUCGGUAGCGGAUGUUAAGAAGGCGGCAAAAAAUGCUCUCGGGUAUGCUAAACGUAAGGGGAUUCUAACUGAUGCAGUCGAUGCAGGCGAGAAGUUUCUACUAUCAAAAGCAACCAAGCCAGAGCAUGAGAACCUGAUCAAAUCGGUUCGAGGUGAGGUAAAGAGACGCUAUGGUGUAGGAAAAGCAAUGAUUGCUGGCUCUUUUCGAUUAAAUUAG